AUGCUUAGUCCCAAAAGAACCAAAUUCCGUAAACAACAUAGAGGAAGAAUGAAGGGAAUAUCCUACCGAGGCAAUCAUAUUAGUUUCGGUAGAUAUGCUCUUCAGGCACUUGAACCCGCCUGGAUCACAUCUAGACAAAUAGAAGCAGGGCGACGAGCAAUGACACGAUAUGCGCGUCGUGGUGGAAAAAUAUGGGUACGUAUAUUUCCAGACAAACCUGUUACAUUAAGACCUACGGAAACGCGUAUGGGCUCGGGAAAGGGAUCUCCCGAAUAUUGGGUAUCUGUCGUUAAACCGGGUCGAAUACUUUAUGAAAUGGGUGGAGUAUCAGAAAUUGUAGCCAGAGAAGCUAUUUCAAUCGCUGCGUCCAAAAUGCCUAUACGAACUCAAUUCCUUAUUGCAGAAUAG